GCGGAAGUAGCCUGUGGGGCGGCUGACGGGUCCAUCAUGGCGGCCACGGCCGCCUCCACCGCUCUGAAGCGGCUGGAUCUGCGGGACCCCGCGGCGCUUUUCGAGAGCCACGGCGCGGAGGAGAUUCGCGGGCUGGAGCGCCAGGUUCGGGCCGAGAUCGAGCACAAGAAGGAGGAGCUGCGGCAGAUGGUGGGCGAGCGGUACCGCGACUUGAUCGAGGCGGUCGACACCAUCGGCCAGAUGCGCCGCUGCGCCGAGGGGCUGGUGGGCGCCGUGAAGGCCACCGACCAGUACUGCGCCCGCCUCCGCCAGGCCGGCUCGGCCGCGCCCCGGCCGCCGCGGGACCCGCAGCCACAGCAGCCGUCCCAGGAGAAGUUCUACAGCAUGGCUGCCCAGAUCAAGCUACUGCUAGAAAUUCCUGAGAAGAUCUGGAGCUCCAUGGAGGCCUCUCAGUAUCUCCACGCCACACAGCUCUACCUGCUGUGCUGCCACCUUCACAAGCUGCUCCAGCUGGAUUCUUCUAGUUCCCGAUACAGCCCCGUCCUCUCCCGGUUCCCUAUACUCAUCCAGCAGCUGACGGCGGCCAGCCACUUCCGGUCAGCCAUCCUGCAUGAGAGCAAGAUGCUGCUCACAUGCCAAGCCGUGUCCGACCAAGCUGUGGCCGAGGCCCUGUGCUCUGUGAUGCUCUUAGAAGACAGCUCUCCGCGCCAAGCCCUGGCGGACUUCCUGCUGGCCAGAAAGGCGGCUAUUCAGAAACUGCUCAACCAGCAGCACCACGGUGCUGGUGUCAAGUCUCAGAUUUGCUCGUUAGUGGAGCUGCUGGCCACCACUUUGAACCAAGCUCAUGCCCUUUUCUACACUUUACCGGAAGAUCUGCUGCCGGAUCCAUCCCUGCCAUGUGGCAUGCUCCUCUCUACUCUGGACAACGUCACCGGCCAGCAUCCUACUGGAAAGGGCAUUGGUGUUCUGCAGGAGGACAUGAAGCUGUGCAGCUGGUUCAAACACCUGCCCGCGUCCGUCGUCGAGUUCCAGCCGGCUCUCCGGACGCUUGCGCGUCCCAUCAGCCAGGAGUACCUGAAAGACACGCUGCAGAAGUGGAUCCACAUGUGUAAUGAAGACAUUAAAAAUGGGAUCAGCAACCUGCUUAUGUACGUGACGAGCAUGAAAGGUCUCGCGGCGAUCCGGGAUGCCAUGUGGGAGUUACUUGCCAACGAGUCGAUCCAUCACAGCUGGGAUGUGAUCUGUCGGCGGCUUCUGGACAGGCCUCUCUUGUUCUGGGAGGAUUUGAUGCAGCAGCUGUUCCUUGACCGACUGCAGACUCUGACAAAAGAAGGCUUUGACUCCAUCUCCAGCAGUUCCAAAGAGCUCCUCGUUUCAGCCUUGCGGGAACUUGAAAGUAGCACCAGCAGCUCCACUUCAAAUAAGCACAUCCACUUUGAGCACAACAUGUCUCUCUUCCUCUGGUCCGAGAGUCCCAGCGACCUGCCUCCCGAUGCUGCCUGGGUCAGCGUGUCGAACCGGGCUCAACUUCCGGGCAGUGGGCUCUCCAUGAAAGCAAAAGCCAUUAGCCCUUGUGUACAGAGCUUCUGUUCUGCCCUAGAUUCGAAACUGAAGGUGAAACUGGAGGACCUCCUGGCUUACCUUCCCUCUGGCGACCCGUCACCCCCCAAGGACGUCUCCCCCGCGCAAGCCAGGCACUGUGCCUUUGACAGAUACGCAGACGCGGGGACCGUGCAGGAGACGCUGCAGAUGCACUCCGCGGCCUGCGUCGGGCACAUCACGGACUGCGUCCAGGCGGAGCUGCAGGGCAUCCAGCAGGCUGUACAAGGGCAGCAGGACGCUCCCGACGGGGUCCAGCUACACUCGGUCCUUUUCAUGGCCAGGCUCUGCCAGUCACUGGGAGAACUGUGUCCCCACCUGAAGCAGUGUAUCUUGGGAAAAUCAGGGAGCACCGAGAAACCAGCAAGGGAUUCUAGGGCUCUGAAAAAACAGGGCAAGGGCAAAACUCAGGAAAUAAUUCCCAUGCAGGCCAAGUGGCAGGAAGUGAAGGAGCUCCUCCUACAGCAGAGCGUGAUGGGCUACCGGGUCUGGAGCUCGGCGGUUGUGAAAGUUCUGGCUCAUGGAUUCACCCAGUCAUUACUUUUAGAUGACGCUGGCUCAGUCCUGGCCACGGCCACCAGCUGGGAUGAAGUAGAAAUCCAGGAGGAAGCAGAGUCUGGCAGCAGCGUCACGUCCAAGAUCCGACUGCCUGUCCAGCCGUCCUGGUAUGUAGAGUCCUUCCUGUUGAGCUUAUGCCAGGAAAUUAAUCGGGUUGGAGGCCAUGCCUUGCCCAAGGUGACGCUGCAGGAGAUGCUGAAGAGCUGUCUGGUUCAAGUAGUAGCUGCCUAUGAGAAACUCUCAGAAGAAAAACAGGUGAAGAAAGAAGGUGCAUUUCCAAUGACCCAGAAUCGGGCACUGCAGCUGCUUUACGAUCUGCGUUAUCUCCACAUCGUUCUGACGACCAAGGGUGAAGAGGUGAAAAGUGGCCGCAGCAAACAGGACCCCAGAGUUGAGAAAGUGGCUGACUACCUUGAAGCGCUCAUUGACCCGUUUGACCUGGACGUUUUCACACCGCACCUCCACGGCAACCUCAACCGCCUGGUGCAGCGGACUUCUGUUCUCUUUGGAUUGCUGACAGGUACAGAGAAUCAGUUCACCCCCAGGAGCAGUACGUUCAACUCCCAGGAAGCCCAUAACAUCCUGCCUCUAGCAUCAAGUCAGAUCAGGUUUGGACUUCUUCCACUGAGCAUGACAAGCACUCGAAAGGCCAAAUCAGCCGGCAGAAGCAUCGAAACCAGAGCCCAGUGGCAGGCUGCUGUCCCCCCGGCACUCUCCCGAGCAGACGACCCGACGCACGCUGGCUCCUUGUUCAGACAGCUUGUCACCGAGGAGGACGACUCGUCUGCGCCCUCACUGUUCAAACUUGGCUGGCUCUCUAGUAUGACCAAGUGACACGGGACAGUCCGUCUCUCUAAAUAAAUACUCCUGCAUUAUUUCUUCUAGAAGUGCCUCUGCUCAUUUGUUUCUAAGCCACACCAGUCUUUCCAGUUGCCGUGGUGGAAUGGGGCCCCCUAGUUCCCGUUGGGGGUUACUUUAAGCAUAAAGUGAAUCCUUGUCCAAUAGUUUCACAACACUUGUGACUUCAGACACCAGUUCAGAGAGCUUACACUGUGUCAGCCUUCACCGGCGCCUUAAUUCUCGACACUACAAGGCGGAAUUAUCAGAGAGCACACACAAGCUGCUGCUGGACAAGUCUGUGAAUAAGACAAAGUCAUUUACGUAUUCCUUGACUGUCCGAACUGAGCAAUGUUUUCUAAGUCUGAGAUGUAGGCUCUGGAGGAAUAACGGUAACAAGUUUAUCUGGGGAUCCAAGGGUCUGAGAGACCUUCUCUCUGGAAAUACAAAUAUAUAACAGAGAGGACGGUUAUCAGGGCGGGUGCUGACUUCAUACAGUCUGACUGCAAUCUGGUGGUUCUCCUGUCACAGAGGACAGAGUACUUUCAACAGGACAUCUACAUACUAAGAGGUAGUAUGGCAAUUAAUUUCAGUGCAAGACUGAAUCAAGCUUUCUAUGUUUUGGAAAAAAACUUAGGUUUUUUUCAUGGAAAGUAGAUACUCUUUACUAGUUUAUUGAAUUUAAAAAAUUGAAGAUCCCGCAAAAUGAAAAGGCCUUUUUACAGAAAGUAGAAUUUCUAAGUGACAGAUCUGGAAAUCAGUCUGACUUGGACAAACUAUGGAUUCAACACGCAGAUGAGAUUUCCUCCUACUGUUGACUUGCCCUGGAUUUGAUACCCACCCUCAAAAGAAUCCUAUAAAAAACUGCUUCAAAGCCCCUUUGAAAUCGCAAUAGUGCAGCAAAACCACAAGUAAACAACGGCCUGUUAACCUGUUAUUUCAAAUAUAGACUGAAAAGCCAACAGGCAUCUUUUUGUGCAAUUUUUUUUUAAAACAUCGUUAAGUUGAAAUAU